AUGUUUCGAGGGGUGUUCGGCCGCGCGCCUGACCCUCCGCCAAGCCAACCGACCCCCCCUCAAGCUCCCCCGGCGCACACCAACCCGCUAUCCGCGCAUUCGUACCCUUCCCCCUCCCCCAACGCGCCCGGUUCCGCGGAAGCCGCCGCCGCCGCCGCCGCCGCUGCUGCCGCCGCGGCUGCUGCGGGUCCGCGGCAAUAUCAAGAAGCGAGAGACGCGGGGAGGGCCGGCGGCGGUGGCAGGGGAGGGGGGAACGUAGGGGGAGGGGGAGGCUACGGCGGAGGGGGGAGUUACGGGGGUGGGGGGGAUCAAAGGGGGUCUGCAGGAAGGGGUGGGGGAAGAGGGGGGAGUUUAGGGGGAGAAGGAGAGAUGGGGGGGAUGGGGGGGUAUUCGGGUGGUCCCCCACCCAUGGGUAUGGCACAAGGAGGAAUGGGCGGGGCGGGAGGCAUGGGAGGGAUGCAGCAGCAACUGCUACCUGUCCUUGAAAGCAAGAGCCCGGAGGAGCUAUUUCAGCUUCUAACGGACCCCAAGGCGUAUCAGCAGUUGCUGGAGGAGAUGCCCCAGCUUAAAGAAAUGACCAAGGUGGUGGAUGACCUGAAGAAGGGAAACGAGGAACUCGCCAGGUCGACUCUGGCAAUGGAAGCAGACAUGUCCGAGCUGAGAACACAGUGUCGCAUCAUUAGGGGAACGGAGCUGGCUUCUUUGGAGGAGAGGCUGGCACAGAUGGUGGCGCAGCAGAGGGCUCUCACGGACAGAUGGAGCCCUGGGGCUCUCGUGCAACAGCUAAAAGAUAAAGCAGAGGAAGUGAAUCGGGAGGCGGAGGAUUUGAGGAGCAGGUUUCUUGCAGGGGAGGUGGAGUUGACUCUAGGCUUUCUCUCUUUCACUCUGACGGAAUACCAGGAUGGAAAGUCGCUUGCGACUGCUGACGAUCGCUUUCGUCAUCUUCCUCCUCAUUUCGCCAAACUUCGCCAGCGCCGAAGUGAAAACCGCGGAGGACUCCAAGGAGAAAGAUCAAGGCGAAGGACCGAGCUGUGUGCUGACGUGGCAUGGUGCACGUGUGGGGUGGGUGGGGUGCAUGCAUGCACGUGGGUGCGUCCUGCAGGGCCAUGCGCGGACGAGGCGGGGCGGUUCUGUGUUGACGUGGAGGACCCAUCGUUUAGUCCCCUCAUUCCAGCCUUUUCUGGCGUCUUGCUUGGUUUCCCUCUGGCUUCGCUCUUUCCUCUCGCCCGCCUUCACUUCACAGCCAACCUCACGGAUAACUUCUCCGACAAGUGUCUGGAUGACAUCCGCAACUUCAAGAUCCAAGUCUACAAGAACAUCUCCAUCGACAAAGAGUGGAUGGAGGACUGCAAGGAGGACGUGGCGUCCUUCUGUGACGACAAGUUCCUCUACCCCGGAGUCGGCAGCGUGCUCGCAUGCCUACGGGAGGCGAAGGCGAGCGAGCGCCUGUCUGACCUGUGCAAGAACCGUGUGUUUGAGGCGCAGAGGGACGCGGCAGCAGACAUGGCAUUUGACCCGCAGCUCAACCAGACGUGCGCUGCCGACGCCCAGAGGCUGUGUAAAGGAGUGCCCGCUGGGGAGGGGCGUGUUCAGGACUGCCUGCGCCAGCAGCGCACGGGUCUCAGCUGGGACUGCAUGUCGGAGCUGUUCCGGCAGGAGGUGGAGGGGUCAGGAGACAUCCGCCUCAACGUGCGCCUCUUCAAAGCUUGUCUGCAGGACAAGAGGCGCUUCUGCCCCGACGUGCCGCCCGGGGAUGCGCGGGUGAAGGACUGCCUGGAGGAGCACCGGCUGGAGGCUGACUUCUCCAAAGGCUGCAAGGUGGAGUUCGACAAGAUGAUGGAGAGGCGCGCAUCAGACUUCAGGCUGGACUUCAACCUGCAGAAGUACUGCCACAAAGACAUUGUCGAGACGUGCUACCAGGAUGCGUCAGACAUGACGGGGGCGGGGGGUAGUUCAGACGCCAAGGUGAUCCAGUGCCUGCAGGACUACAGGGACGAGCUCAAGGACCCGCGCUGCAGGCAGCAGGUGCAUAUGCUGACCAAGAGAGCUGCAGAGGACAUUCGUUUUGACCGCGCUCUGGUUGAAGCGUGCAAAGACGACUGGCAGGAGCACUGUGCGUCAGUGCCCAAGGGGCAGGGAAGGGUGUUCAUGUGCCUGCAGGACAACCGGGGGAAACUCAAGGGUCCGUGCAAGGAGGCGCUCUUCCGAGAGGAGGUGCGAUUCGCGGAGGACAUAGACUUCAAGUUUGCCAUCCGCAAGGCGUGCUCGGACGAGCUGCAGCGCCUCUGCAAAGACAAGGAGGACGCGAUGGCAUGUCUGCAGGAGCACAUGGGGGAUGCGGACAUGAGCAAGGGGUGCAGUGAGGAGGUGAAGAGCGACCAGCAGCACGCUGCAGAGGACUACCGCCUCAACUUCCGCCUCGCUAGAGAGUGCUUCGCUGACGUGCAGAAGCUCUGCAUGCACACUUGCGAUGAAGGCGCCCUCCUGCCCUCCUCCUCCUCCUCCCCUGCAUCCCUGCCGGUCACGUGUGGCGGUGCCACUCUGCGCUGCCUCACCAGCGCCGUCAGCAACAUCACCUCUGCCACGUGUCGCGAUGAGGUGUUCCACUUCCAGAAGCAGGAGGUCGCUGACGUGGCGCUGGAUGUGCCUCUGCAGGUGGCAUGCAGGGAGGACGUGAAGGAGAGGUGUGGGGGCGAGAGGGACCACAGCAAGGCACUGGCGUGCCUGAGGCAGAACAGAGACGCGCUGUCAGAGGGGUGCAAGGAGGAGGAGCUGCGGUUCAGUGAGAUGGAGGCGUCUGAUAUCCGCCUCACCCCCACACUCAUGAACGCAUGUGGCUUGGAGCUGCACCAGUUCUGCCGAAAAGUGCCGCCCGCUGCCGGCCAGGCCUUCCGAUGCCUGCAGCUGCACGUGCAGGAGCCGGGCAUGAGCGUGGCAUGCCGGUCAGAGGUGGACCUGCAGACAACUCGCCAGUCAAAGUACUACAAGCUGGACGCGGCAGUGAAGCAGCAGUGUGGGGAGGACGUGGAGCGGCUGUGCAAGGUGGUGGAUGAGGGCCGGGAGGGCCACGCGCUCGUGCUCAAGUGCCUCGUGGACUACCAGUCCGACCUCUCUGCCAGCUGUCACACAGAGGUGGCCUAUGCAGUGCGCAUGGCCCUGUGGAUGUACCACCGUGGAUCCGACCUAACCAAGGGCUGCGAUGCAAUCAUCGAUUCCCGCUGCGCCAACUACACCACCACCAGCGGCAGCAGCAACCGCAGAGCAAGCGUGUCAGGAGCAGUGGUGGGGCAGUACGCGCAGUGUCUGAUGGAUCAGCCCAAGGAGGCGCUGGGGAAUGAGUGUUUGCCGCUGGUGGCGCUGGUGGGGAAGGAGGGCGGGCAUGUGGGGGGGGAGAUCAGCAGCGAGCUGCUUCAAGAGACCCUCAACAAGAUUGCCCUUGUGAGUACAAGGGGAGAGGGAUGUAUGUGUGCACUUGUGCAGGUGUGGGGGGGUGGGGGGUGCGAGGGAGCGGGGGAAGCUUCAGCUCUCUCAAGGUGGAUCCUCCAGUUCUGUGGCUUCUCGUUGAUAGCGUUUGCGCUUCUCGCGGGAUUAUGGAGUGCUACUGUAGCAGCCACGUCGAGCAGCAGCAGUUCGUCGCAGGGAAGCGACAGCACGAGCGCGCUAACAGCGAACAAGGUGGGCGCGCUGUUCGUGUUCCUGGGGUCGAGCUUCCUGGGCGUCUUCGUGCCGUACUUCAUUCCCGUGCGACAGAACAUCCUCAAGUUCGGCGUGCUCUUCUCCACGGGGCUGUUCAUCGGCAUGUCGCUGCUCUACCUCACGCCGGAAACCGAAGAGCUCUUCGCCGACCUCACCACAAACAAGUACCCGCUGGCGUACCUGGUGGUGGUGAUGGGCGUCUUCCUCACGUGGCUCUGUGACCUCAUUGUCAAGACCGUGUGGAGAAAACGAUCCGUUUCUGAUGAUCCAGCCAAUGAAUCCGAUCCAACGGUGGCUGCUGUCCUCGGCGUGGGCCAAAAGGCCGCCACAGAGGGCGACACGGAAGGCGGCAGCGGCAGCACGCCAGCAGACUACAACGCGCUGAGCUUCGUGGACGUGGCGCUCAUCCUCUUCGCCCUCUGCUUCCACGCCGUCUUUGAAGGGCUUGCCGUGGGCCUCGCCACUACGGUCUAUGAUGUCUGGCAAAUGGCCUCCUCCAUUGCCGUCAACGAGUUCUUUGAGGGGAUGGCGCUUGGUGUGACGCUGAGGGUUCAGGACACGGAGAGGAGUGCCUUGAAGCACGUUCUCUUUGCUCUAUGCGCAUCCGUCGUUGCUCCCCUCGGUAUCGUGAUCGGACGCCUGCCGAAGCGACUCAAGUUACUCCCCAUUUUCCCCGCUCCCCUCCCCGUGCGUGGGUGUCAGAUCCGAACGCGGUCCAAGGCGGGGGCGUCGCCCAAGUGGCUGCAGGACUUCAAGCUCCCCGUGGAGGCCGCUCUGCUCUUCUGGUGCCACCAGCACGACCCCGCGAAGCAGCAGCAGCAGCACGAUGGGAAGAACCAGGAGCACGAGCAGCAGCAGGAAGGGUCGCAGGAGCAGCAAAAGCAGGCAACGAAUGAAGACUCAACAGACGGUGGUCCAUCUCUCAUUAUAGAGCUCCUCUCCGCCGAUCAAUCCACCACCCCCGCCCAAUCGCAAUCCUCCACGUCAGCAUCAGCGGCCUCGUCAAGCACGGCGGCAGGCCCGUGCCUUGGCCGAGCCUGCGUGCCGUUGGCAGGGUUGGUGGGGGGGGCGACUGUGGUGCGGUGGUAUCAACUGAUGGAUGAGGAGGGGUGUCUGGUGGGGGAGAUCUGCAUUGUCUCACGCUUCCUCCGGCUUUCUUCCUCCGGCUCCUCCUGCUCUUCUGGUAAGCACACUCUCUGA